AUGACCAAGGAAAGCCACGCUGACGAGCAAAAAACAAAAACCACCGCGCAGAACGCAAACUACCCCACCCGCUCCCUCCACUUCCUCUCCGCGCUCCAACAAAAGCCUACCGAGACCAACAACACCGCCACCUCCACCCCUCCUCCUGCUGCUCCUUCUCCGCCAACAUCAACAACGACAGAAGAGUGCCCCGCCCCCGCCCCCGCCCCCAACGCCCCCGCCCUCAACACCAUCCUCAUCAUCGGCGCCGGCAUCUGCGGCCUCUCCACCGCCAUCGCCCUAACCCUGCACCUCAAGCAAAAAAACAACAACAACAACAACAACAACAAAACGACGACGCCCACGAAGACGCCGACGCCAACGACACCAAAAAUCAAAAUCAUCGAGCAGUCCCCGCACCUCUCGGAAAUCGGCGCGGGCGUGCAGAUCCCGCCCAACGCGACGCGGCUCCUGCUGCGGUGGGGCGUACGCCCGCAUCUAGAAAAACACGUGGUCGAGCCCGAGGCGAGCGUGUUCCGGCGGUGGCGAGACGGGGCCGUCGUCGGGAGGGCGGUGCUGAUGCCCGAGGUGGGGGAGUGGUUUGGUGGGGGUGGUUCAACUGCUGCUGAUGGUGGUGAUGGUGAUGGUGCUGAGUGUUCGGCGUCUGGGUUGCGUGGUGAGGGAGGCGGGGCGGGGGUGGGAGUGGGGGAGGGGGAGGGAGAGGGCAAGGGGAUGGGGAAGAGAAGCGAUGCCCCGUAUUGGGUUGUGCAUCGGGCGGAUUAUCAGGCGGCGUUGUAUGAGCGGGCGAGGGAGCUUGGGGUCGAGGUUAUGUUUGGGAGGAGGGUUGUUGGCGUGGAUGAGGGGAGGGGCGCUGUGCGGUGGGUCGGUGGCGGGGAAGCGGGUCGAGCUGAGGAAGGGGAGGAGGUGGCGGACUUGGUGGUUGCUGCUGAUGGCAUCUUUUCGGAAGGACGGAAGGCGGUGCUUGGGGACAGGGAUCAGCCGCCUGUAUUGACGGGUUUGGCGGCGUACAGGGCGACCAUUCCGGCGGAGAAGAUCAGGAGCGAUCCGGAUACGGCGUGGAUGCUGGACAAUUACAUUCAGAACGGCUGGCUUGGACCUUCGCGGCAUGUCGUCACGUACACCAUCACCGGUGGAGCAGCGGUCAAUGUGGUUCUUAUCCAUCCAGAGCCGUCAGACCCGAGCACGUGGAAGCAAGAGACUGCGUUGACGGAUAUGAAGGAGCAGUUCGUUGGUUGGGAACGCAGCGUUACAAAGCUCAUUAGUCUGAUCACAUCGACGCUCAAGUGGCCGAUGAUGGCAGGACAAGCGCUGGAGCGAUGGGUUUCCGAGUCGAACAAAGUGGUUAUCAUCGGAGACGCGGCGCACGCCAUGUUGCCCUUCAUGAGUCAAGGAGCCGCGCAGGCCGUCGAAGAUGCAGCGAGUUUGGCUACGCUCAUAUCCUCCAUUUCGUCGAAAUCAGAGCUUCCGACAGCGUUACGCGUCUUCGAGGAGCUGCGCAUAGUGCGGACGGCGCAGGUGCAGCAGGCAAGCUUCGUCAACGGACGCAUCUUCCACUUCCCAGACGGACCGGAGCAGCGGGCGCGCGACGAAGCGAUGCGGGCGGAAGCGGAUGGAAAACAUUACAUCCAGAGUCCAAACGGGUUGAGCGACCCGACGACGCAAAUCUGGCUGUACAGCCACGAUGCGGAGGACGAGGCUGGGAGGGCGUGGGAACAGGAGACGAGAAAGAGAUCGAAGCUGUGA